AUGUUGCCCUCUCACUUGAUGGAUUCCAGCUUGCGAAAGAAUGAGCCACGACGACAGAUACGAUUGGGUGAAAUGCCACCAGCCCCACCUCCAUCCCUGUGCAUUACUGGCGCCAUGUCAAGAGUAGGAAGGUUUGAACCGUCUCCCGGAAUUUCACUCGCCUAUACCAUCUUUCGACCCCGUCAAUUGCUCGACGAUCGCAAACCACCGCUGAUUGUGUGUCACGGAGGACCAUCGAUUCCUAGUAAUUAUCUAUUGCCUAUCGUCAAUGGAGUCACGGACAGAGCCAUUGUCUUUUACGACAUGUGGGGUUGUGGCAAAUCGUCCAGGCCAGCGCGAAUGACCAACACUCCAUUUUCCAUACCCAAAAUGGUAGAGCAUUUACAGGGGCUCAUAAAGCAUUGGAACGUGAAUGAGUUUCAUUUAUUUGGACACUCGUUUGGUGGAAUCCUGGCCUAUGAAUACUUGAAGAAGGAGAGAACUGGUUGUCUAUCUCUACUCCUUGGGAGUACGCCAACGUCCCCAAAAUUGAUUCAGAGAGAGUGUUUUCGACUGGAUCAAGAAAUUCGCAAUACCGCCAACGCAUCCAUAGUAUCCACCAAUUCAGUUGACAAUGACGAGGCGGCCGAGAAAGAGGAAGAAACGAAAUUGAAACAGCCGCAACGAUUUUCCGAGGCAUUUCUUCAAACUCACGAAUGUCGUUUGCCUGCACUCCCAUUGGUACUGACGGAUGCCUUGGCACAAGCAGGACCUCCAGGCUGGCGGGGGGCUCCAGCCAUUAUCGACUAUGAAGCAUUGGAACCUUUGUCUGGUAUUCCAACCCUGGUGUUGGUGGGAGAAUAUGAUUUUUGUACUCCUACAUGCACCGAAGGCUGGAAGACAAUUAUUUCAGAUCCAAGUCCCGAGUUUUUUGCACUGGAAAACUGCUCGCACUAUGGUAUGCUCGAAGACGAAUCCAAGUACGGCAUCGCAAUCACAUCCUUUGUGCAACAACACGACGAUGCUCCAAGCAAACGAGCAGUUGUAUAG